AUGCCCGUCACCGACUUCAAACUCCCGGAGAAAUACCAAUAUCUCAACGGCUUCAACAGCUACCACGAGAGCGAAGCCAUCCCCGGCGCUCUGCCCGUAGGCCAAAUCAACCCCCAGAAAUGCGCAUACGGCCUGUACAACGAGAAGCUGUCCGGCACCGCCUUCACGGCCCCGCGCCACGAGAACCAGCAAACCUGGCUGCACCGCAUCCUGCCCGCAUCCGCCCACGAGCCCUUCGAGCCCCGCGAGACCGCCACCUUCGACACCAACCCCGGCAGCAUCCACGGCACGCACAAAUGGCAUCAGAUCCCCAACCAGCUGCGCUGGGACCCGUUUGAUAUCGAUGAGAGCGUUGACUGGGUGCAUUCGCUGCGCCUCGUGGCUGGUGCUGGCGACCCGACUGUCAAAUCUGGCUUGGGCAUCUUCAUCUUCUCCGCUGGCAAGGAUAUGGAUCCGCACUCUGCCUUUUACAGUGCCGACGGCGACUUCCUCAUCGUGCUGCAGCACGGCGCGCUCGAUAUUCAAACCGAGCUGGGCAAGAUCCUCGUCCGCCCGAACGAAAUCUGCGUCAUCCCGCGCGGCAUCCGCUACCGCGUCUCCCUCCCCGACGGCCCCGUGCGCGGCUACAUCCUCGAGCUCUACCAAGGCCACUUCACCCUGCCCGAACUCGGGCCCAUAGGCUCCCACUGCCUCGCCAACACCCGCGACUUCCAAGCGCCCAUCGCCGCCUUCGACGAAGACACAAGCAACACCUACACCCUCUUCGCCAAAUUCGCGGGCCACCUCUUCGCCGCCCAACAAACGCACACGCCCUUCGACGUCGUCGCCUGGCACGGCAACUACUACCCCUACAAAUACGACCUCGCGCGCUUCGCCACCAUCGGCUCCAUCGCCUUCGACCACCCGGACCCCUCCAUCUUCACCGUCCUCACCGCCCAAUCCGACCACCCGGGCACCGCAAUCGCAGACUUCGUCAUCUUCCCCCCGCGCUGGCUCGUGCAGGAGGGAACCUUCCGCCCCCCCUGGUACCACCGCAACACCAUGUCGGAAUUCAUGGGCCUCAUCCACGGCGAGUACGACGCCAAGACCGGCGGCGGCUUCCAGCCUGCGGGAGCGAGUUUGCACAAUGUGAUGAGCGCGCACGGCCCGGAUGCGGGCACGCACGCCAAGGCGAGCGAGGCCGAGCUGAAGCCCAUGAAGGUCGGGGAGAAGAGCAUGGCGUUUAUGUUUGAGAGUGCGCUCAUGGUCGGCGUGACGGAGUGGGGGCUGACCAAGUGCGCCAAGGUGCAGAAGGGGUAUAAUGCGGAGAGCUGGGUGCCGUUGAAGCCGCGAUUUAAGCGGCCUGAGGGGACGCAGGUGAUGAAUGGGAGUGCGAAUGGCAAGUUGGGGGAUAAGAGUCAGGCGCCGCAUUGGACUUGA